UCGGCCCCCAUUAGCCCUACCUAUACAUACUUAAUUAUAGCUCCAACGAAACUAGGCUUCUAUACAUCAAAUACAACAUAACAUAAACUCUAAGAGGACCGAUCCAUUUCUAUACGUAUCAUAAUGGCAUUAGGGAGAUGGACGUUUCCCACGAGUAGGAAGCAGUCUACCGCGAGCUCUAGCGGGAACCGCACGAACGGUGCCUCGACACCCAGUGACUUCGAAACACAAGAUUCUAGCAAAUCGCAGUUCCGCCUGCUACGAAGUCUGACCGGAGGCUUCAAAUCACCCAAGGCAAAAAAGACAGCCGAGCAGCAGCGGGAUGAGUGUUACCAUUUGAACAAGCCAUUUACCCCGCAAAACCUAGAGCACCAGAAGAUCUUGGGCGCUUUCGAGUGGAAUUUCGGGAGAAGGAGGAAGUCGAGCCACGGUGGUCGGAGUAGCAUGAGUGGCAUUAGCCCGAGCACUUCGAGGAAUGCCAGUGUAGACCGCAAUCACACAGCUCUUUCUUCUAGUCCAACAGAGACACAUCAUCGGUUCAGUCACCACAAGCCACCCCGAGAUAACAAACGUGGAUCAUCGGGCUGAGAUGGGAUGAAUAUUUAGGGGAUUUUAAUGGCAGGAAUCGCAUAAAUCUAAGUAAUCGAAGCAAGCUGACGAGGACGACGACAGAACGAAUGUAAUAUGAUGGGCUCGGAUUCGAACGACAUUUUGACGAGAUAAGUCAAUGGGAGUAGGGCGUACUGGACAGCGGAAGUGAAAAUCACUACGCAUUUUGGUUGCAACUUGUGUAUAAAUAUUCGGGUAUAAUAUUGGUACUUCUGGUAUCUAUCAAAGAUUGUGUGAAGGCCUCAGAAUUUUCAGUGUGUGAUAACUCAUAGGAGAAUAUCCUCAUAGACUGUGUAAGAUUGUUCCUCAUAGGCCGCAUGUGAUAUCCGACCCGUUUCUCCGCCUAUGUAUGUAGUGGUUGAGAGUGCUAAUGCUGAAAAGAAUCCAUGUCGAAGAAGCACUCCUCAACACUAACGGGAAACAGUGCUUACCGUGAAGAUAUCCAGGACAUAAGCCUAACCACGCUGAACCCUCAGUAAGGCCUGACUGGUCUUGAUAAUGUUGACUUCAUAUCUUAGGAGACAGUUCGCAGACG